GCCAGUUUUCAGCUUGUACACCCGUGACCGCGGUUGACGUGGCUGGCCAGCAUGACAAGUCGAUUUUUUUGUGUGUGUAGAGUAUGUAUAGGAGAUAAAGCAUCAACAAGAAAGAUAACUUUGACGAAGCAUUACAGUUUUCCUUAGCAAGCAUUACGAUGCAGUUUUUAACCGAUAAGCGGUUAGUUCCUUGCUAGAGGCAGCACACGGCUGUGGCACAAUGUGAAGUUCUGCAGAAAUGAUACGUUACUUGAGAGCGGGAGCGGCUUCUUGAAGCGAACAUGUCGGAUAUUGUGGCUGUUUCUGUUGCGCAAGGGAAGCUCAGAGGAAGGGAGGCGACCACGAAAUCGGGAGGCACGUACUACAGCUUCCAAGGGAUCCCCUACGCCAAACCGCCCGUCGGGCCACUGCGUUUCAAGGCUCCUCAGCCAGCCGACUCGUGGGAUGGGAUGCGAGACGCCCUAGUCGAAGGCCCAACCUGCGCCCAGCUUGAGAUAUUCAAGAAGGAAUUCAAAGGAGAAGAGGACUGCUUGUACCUCAAUGUAUAUACUCCAAAGCUUCCAGGAGGAAGUGACGAGUUCCCGAAGGCUGUCAUGGUUUGGAUUCACGGUGGAGGGUUUACAAUGGGAGAUGGAAACUUCUGGAUAUACGGACCUGACUAUCUGGUCGCCGAAGGUGUCGUCCUUGUCACGCUGAAUUACCGCUUGGGUCCUCUAGGAUUCUUGAGCACAGGAGACUCGGUGUUACCCGGUAACAACGGCCUAAAGGACCAAGUGAUGGCUCUACGCUGGAUUCAACAGAACAUUGCGCAGUUUGGAGGAGAUCCUGGCAACGUCACCAUCUUUGGAGGGAGUUCCGGGGGUUCUUGUGUACACUUUCAUAUGUUAUCUCCCAUGUCUGAAGGACUGUUUCACCACGCCAUAUCUCAAAGUGGGUCAGCCAUCAACUCAUGGGCACUGGACGAGAGCCCGCGGAAGAAAGCGUUUCUGCUCGGGGAGGUGCUGGGAUGUAGGACUAAUGACUCAAACAGAUUGAUGGACUUCCUUCGUACUGUGCCAGUGCGGCGACUUGUAGAGGGCGUCAUCAAAAUUAAAGCGAUGGAGGCGGAGUACCGCGGAAAAUGUUUCUUUGCGCCUGUAAUUGAGCGUGGGAGGAUAGAAGGAGAAGAAAUUUUCCUUAGUGAGCCUCCGAUUGAUGUGGUGACCCAGGGAAGGUCCCACAAAGUGCCCUAUAUAAUUGGAGUAACUUCACACGAAGGCCUGAUUAUGCUUAAAGAGAUUCAGCUGAACCCACAACAACUUGAUAUCUACAAUAAGAACUUCGAGCUACUGAUUAGAAAAAUAAUUCACACCGAACUGAGUGACAGACAGCUGAAGGAAGUGGCCCGGAAGAUCAGGCAGUUCUACUUCGGAGACCGGCCUCUGUGCCAGGAAACCUUGCUGGAGUAUGUGGAUAUGAACACUGACGUUCAGUUUGUCUUUCCUAUCUACAUGCAACUCAAACGACAGCUCGUACACUCUGCAUUCCCUGUAUACUGCUACCGGUUUUCAUUCGAUGGAAAACUGGCGUACAUGAAACACCUACUCGGAAUGACGCAAUAUCCAGGCGUGUGUCACUCUGAUGAGUUAGGAUACUUGUUCCGAAUGGGGCACAUGGACCCCGAUCUGGACCCUGACAGUCCCGAGGCAAAGACACGGUCGAGACUUGUCAAGAUGUGGGCAAACUUCGCGAAAACAGGAUGCCCCACUCCGAAGAAGGACUGGCUCCUGAACGUGAUAUGGAAGCCCACUGCCCUGGGAGAUCGCUGGUACCUCAACAUAGACACGGAGCUCACCAUGCAGCUUCAUUUGAACAAGGAACGUAUCACUUUCUGGGAGGACAUGUUUCGUUCGCUUGAAGAGUAGUCAUCUGAAGUCUCAUUGGCCGGAUGGCCGCAUACUUGGCACGUUAAGUGACAUUUACGUGGUUACUACAUUAUUGUAGUGUUCAUAGGACCGUCUACACAACAAUAAUAUCGACAAACAAAUCGAUACUAGCGUAUAAACAUUCGUUUAUUAGGCACAGCGUUCGCUACAUGUUUCGAAUAUGCUCGCAUCAAUUUCGUUUGUGGAUAUUAUUGUUGUGUAGGUGGUCCUAUUAACGCUACUGUGUGACACACAACAGGAAACGUACCCUGAAGAUUUUGCAUUAUUUCUACGAAUGAGAUAUGCGGUACGACAUUAACUUAAUGAAGCUCACAAGUUAUGUACUGUUUUAUGAGACAGGUCUGCCAAUCAAUAUGCAGUUCGAUUGUAAGAACGUGUAACGGAAGUAAUGACGAUUUACUGGUGUAACGCAUGUACCUUUCAUCUUCUGAGAAGGAUAACCAACGACCUUUUACCAUGAAGCAUUAAUCAGAAUUAAUUAUACACUGAAAUGGCGUUGAUGAGUACAGACGAACCUCUUCUCGAAAAGUCUGACGCUAUCUGAAUGUGCGUAACAGCAAUGCUGAAGUGAACAGUGGUGGUCGUUAGUAGCACGGGAAGACAUAUUUACGUUCGGCCAGUCAGUUUCGUUUUUCUGUUAGUAGUUAAAUUAUGUACACAGAUAUGGGUAACGAGCCGGUAGUCUACAGGCUGGGCGACUGAGGAGUCGGAGUUCAAGUCCCUUUACGGUCUCUUCUCCACGUUGUCCAGACCGGCUCUGGAGUCCACCUAA